AUGCGGUCUGGCACCCUUUCCCUGUUACGUUGUCUCCCUUCACUUCUGAUUACUCUCUCGUCAUACUCUCUCGCUAUCGCCGAGUUCACCCCUGAUUACCACCCUCUUCAAGCGUUCAGAUCCGCCGCUGAUCCCAGCGGCGCCGCCCUGUACUCGUGGACUCCACGAACAGACCCCUGCUCGGGCACCUGGGCCGGAGUCGCCUGCCGGGGCGGCCGAGUCACCCGCAUUCUCCUGCAGGACCGCCAUCUCCAGGGCACCGUCGAUGACACUCUCACCUUCCUCCCCUAUCUCAGACUUCUCAAUCUCUCCCAUAACCGUCUCACCGGCGAGCUCCCAGACGGGUUCCUUCGUCUCCGUCGCCUUCGCCGCAUCGACCUCUCAGUGAACAACAUCUCCGGUCAUAUUCCUUCGGAGAUCGCUCGUCUUCCCCGCCUCCUUACCCUGCGACUGGAGAGAAAUCUCCUGACGGGGGAGAUACCGUCUUCUUUGGGAUCUUUCAGUGUGAUAGCCGACUUCAACGUAUCCGGCAACCGUCUGACCGGCGAGGUCCCCCGGGCUCUCUCCUCCUUCCCUGUCUCAUCCUUCUCCUCCAAUGAGAACCUCUGCGGGGAACCUCUCCUCCGGCGGUGCACCAACCAGACUGAGGGAAGGGAUCCUCUCGAGAAGAUCGACACAGAUCGGAGGAAAAGUUGCUGGAAGUGGAAGACGGUGGCGACGAUCGCCGCCAUCGUGGUUGCCGUAGUCUCCAUUCUCCUCAUCCUUCUGGCCGUGGUCUGCUGGAGGAAGAGAGGAAAGCCGGCUUGCAUCACGGAGGUAGAUCGUGAUGAUGCUAAGGCAAGUGUAGUAGGAGACGUAGUAGAGGAGAAGAGGGUCGUCCUCUUCGAAGGGUGCAGGCCUUUCACGGUGGACGAUCUCAUGAGGGGCUCAGCAGAGAUGCUGGGUCGGGGGGCUCUUGGGACGACGUACCGGGUAGUGAUGGAGGGGGACUCGGGAAGGGGAGUGGCGGUGAAACGAUUACGGAAGGUGAAGAAGGCCAGGGAGGACAGAGAAGGUACGGCGGCGAUGGAGAGGCUGCUGACGGAGAUCGGGGGCCUCCGCCACCCCAACGUGACGUCUCUGCGGGCCUACUACCACUCCGACGAUGAGCUUCUUUUGGUCUACGACUACCUCCCCAACGGCAGUCUCCAUUCCCUGCUCCACGGUCUGUAAUUACUCCACUCUAUCCACCGAUUUCAAUCAUUUGACUUUUGAAAUCAGCAAAGUUGACAUUUUUUUUGGGGGUCAGGGAACCGUGGGCCCGGGAGGAUUCCACUAUACUGGACGGCAAGGCUGAAGCUCGCACUGGGGGCAGCGGAAGGCCUCGCCUUCCUCCACCGCGCCUCCAAGCUCGCUCACCAGAAGCUCACCUCGUCCAACAUCCUCGUCGACGACGACGGCAACGCCUGCGUCGUUGAUUUCGCCCUCCUCCACCUCCUCGCCGCUCCGCCGCCGCCGCCGUCCUCCACGUCGAGGAAGACGUUGACCCACGAGUCUGACGUGUACGACUUCGGGAUUCUGCUGCUGGAGAUCCUGACGGGGAAACCGGCGGCAGAGGGAGAGGUAGACCUGCAGAAGAUGGUGAGGGAGGACUGGUCGUCGGAGCUGUUCGACGUGGAGCUGGUGGCCUGCAAAGAGGCGGAGGACGAGAUGGUGGGGCUGUUGCAGGUGGCCCUCCUCUGCGUAGCUCCCUCACCGGCUCAUCGCCCCACCAUGAGCAUCGUCUUCAAGAUGAUGGAGGAGAUCAAGGAGAGGGGGAGCAAGAGAACGAAGGGCUCCCCCUUCUCCCCCUCUUCCUCCAUUAACGACUCCUACUAUCUUGGUUCUUCCACCCCCGUCGUCUCCGAGGACACCGCCAGCGGGUGA